ACAUGCACUUUUAUCAGUCAUCGCAUAUUUUGUUUCUAAACACCUGGCAUCGUAGCUAGCUUUUACGCCCACUUUAUUUUUCCUUCCUUUUUUGGGCGGAUUUUGAGUCGGCUUUAGGCUGGAUUUCUUUCCCUGGGACCUGGCAACCCGAUACUGAGCGUGACUUCCUGAUUGAAAAAGUGAAACUAAAACGCAGAGUGUUUACAUUCAAAAGUGUUAAACGUGUUUUGGGUGACACUGUGAUAUAGGACCAAACAAAAAGAGCUUCAGCUUGUUCUUAUCUUUAAAAAAAAAACCGCAUACAUUUUUUUUUCUGAAAUAAACUUAUUGACGGUUACUAUAUGUAGUUCUUGGCUCAUUUUGAGGCCACUUGAUAUUGUUUGGAUUUCCCUGACAACUGAACGACGCCAUCGGCAGAGACAGAGAUGAGCCUGCCUCAGGUAUUUACUGGAGUGAGACUACUCCUGCCAAAUUCCGAUUUAAGCAAACUUCACAGCAAGACUGUGAAACAUAAAUAUAAAGAUGUGAAUGGUGUUUCCAGCGAGUCAUUUCAAGAGGCUGAAGAUAUUUACAGGAGGAGUGUAAUUUUACAAACAACAUGUAAUGGAAGUAGGGAUCUAAGACAGGAGGGGAGACCAGCUCAAAGUGACCCCUUAGAAAUUGAACCAGUUAAGGUUGAUGACAUUUUUAUGCAUUACAUUGAAAAAAUGAAAUCUAAGGAACUUGACAUAAUUAAAAAAAGGAAUGCAGUUAUCAUGAAGAGAGACAAUAGAUUGGUAACCUUUUUGCCUCGGUCUGGGAACAGCCUUCAUGCUCAGUUUGCACGAGAACAGUUUAUAACAUUAUAUCAAAAGAUUGCAACAGGGCUGCAAACUCGGACGUAUUUUUACAGUCCAGGAAUUACCAUGCUUUGCAAAGCAGAAUUUCCAGAACUGCUAAUAUCUCAUAAAGAUGAAAGGCAAUUUCAACUGACUGGCAACUUCAUUAGUCUUGAAAGAUUUGGGAAAUGUUUGAAUGGGAGUACACAGAGAUAUUCACAUUACCAAACCACAAAUAAAACCUAUGAAACACCUUACAGGCAAAAUGUGGAACAACAGAAAUCAAUAGACCGAGCCAAAGAUGAGACGUGUCCAAUUUGUUUGGAACCACUCAAGACAUCUGAAUGCACAGUCUUGCCUAAAUGUAAGCACAGAUUUUGUAAAGACUGUUUGAAAAGAGCAUUCCAGUUGAAACCAACUUGUCCGAUAUGCGGAGAGAUAUACGGCAGUCUUACAGGGACGCAACCGAAAGGAGGAUCCAUGACUGUCUCAUGGGACAGCUCCUCUCUACCUGGAUAUGAAAAAUAUGGAACAAUCCUAAUUAGCUACCAUAUACCAAGUGGACGUCAGGGGGAUGAACACCCAAACCCGGGCAUGCCAUACCAGGGUGUGUCCCGCAUAGCUUACCUCCCUGACUCAACGGAGGGAAGGAAGGUACUGAAGCUUCUGCAGAGGGCAUUCGACCAGCAACUCACUUUCACCAUCGGACGCUCAUCUACUACCGGUCAGAACAAUGUGGUGACCUGGAAUGACAUUCACCAUAAGACGUCUCGUGAUGGAGGGCCAACUCGUUACGGUUACCCAGAUCCAGAGUACCUCAAACGAGUACAAGACGAACUGAAAGCAAAAGGAAUCUCCUGAUUAUACAGACUGAACCUUGUGAUCAAUUCAGACACUACAUUUCCCAUACUAUUACAACCAGCAGUCAUACUGAAAAAAAGGACAAGAAUGAAGUAUUAUUGCAAUCUUGUGAUCACUGGUCAAAGUAUGGCACUUACAUUUUUUACAGGCAGUCCUAAUUUUUAAUGUUUUUCUUAAUGUUUUGAAUGUAUGAAUUUCAUGAAGCAGCAUAAGAGACAUAGAGUUAGUGGGCUGGGCCAUUUAAACAUCGGUUUCAUGUCAAUAUAAUAGAGGAUCACAUUUAUUAAUCACCCUUGCUAUAUCCUUUUGUGGUAAUACUUUAGAAUAAGGUUCCAUUAGUUAAUGUUAGUUAAUGUAUUAAUUAACAUGAACAAACAAUGAAUAAUACAUUUAUUACUGUAUUUAUUCAUCUUCGUUAAUGUUAGUUAAUGAAAAUACAGUUAUUCAUUGUUAGUUCAUGGUAAUUCACAGUGCAUUAACUAAUGUUAACAAGCACAACUUUUGAUUUAAAUAAUGCAUUAGUAAAUGUUGAAAUUAACAUGAACCAAGACUUAUAAAUGCUGUAGAAGGACUGUUCUUGCUUAGUUCAUGUUAAAGAAAGUAGUUAAUUAACAUUAUCUAAUGGAACCUUAUUCUAAAGUGUUACCCAUUUUGUAAUUAGAUUUUCUAUAUUAUAUUGCAUUUUGAGAUUUCCUAACAGAUGAACCUGGGGUAAUAUGUGUCAUGCAGUGUAUACUAAGUUACAGCAGUAGAGACUCGGCAACAAAAAAGGAACAAAUGUAAGUGUCUUUGAUGUUUAAAUUAUAUGAAGUAUUCUGAGAGACAUAGACAGUCCUUUCACCAUCACCAUCAGGUGAAACAACCGGUGAUCAUGAGAAACUUUAAUCAAACCAUGAACUAGUCAUUUUAGUAACAAUAAAACAUUCCUGUUGGUAUCAGGCUUUUUAAUAUUACUUGAAUUUGACAUGGAUCAUUUAUUGUUUACCUUUGUUCAGAUUUUGAUGGGUUUUAGUAUUUUUUAAAUUGAUAAAUAUGUGUGUGUGUGUGUGUGUGUGUAUAUAUAAUGCAUGCAUUUUCCAGUGUUUUUACCUGAUAUAUGUUCUGCACUAGUCGUUGUAUUAUUAUGCAAAACAAUAAAUGAAGAACUUAAAAUAAAAUUUUAUCAAAUUUGAAAUUA